UUUCUCCCUCUGAUUUUGUUCCUUCCUUUCCAGUUUCCACUCUCUCUCUCUCUCUUUCCGUUUCGGACUAUUUUCUCACGAAACAAACAAGAACCCACCAAAACACAAAAUCUAUAAAAAUCCCAUCAACAGACAUACUUCUAUUUGUCGCAUACAUCAUAAUCACAAUUUCUUUUCUCUCUGUCUCUCUCUGCCGCUCCAAAAAAUUUUAAAAUAAAAUAUAUAUAAACACACUGACACACAAAUUAAACUGCUUCACCAUGCACUUCCCUUAGCCUUUCAAGGCAAAAUAUACAAAGAUCGUCAAAACCCAAUUCCAGAAUUGUUUUCAGUUCAAAGAUGGGGACAGCAACGUCGUCAAUGGCGGCGAAAUUCGCUUUCUUCCCACCAAAGCCACCGUCUUAUAACAUUAUAGUGGAUGAAGAAACUGGGAAACUGAGGAUCUCAGUUGUUCAUCAAAGAGACGACGUCGUAGAUGUUUUAAAGCUUUCAACAAAGAAAGGACAUGAGAUUGUUGCCCUGUACGUUAAAAACCCUUCAGCUUCAUUGACUGUGUUGUACUCUCAUGGCAACGCUGCUGAUCUCGGCCAGAUGCUUCAUAUUUUUAUUGAGCUUAGUUUGCACCUUAAUGUUAAUCUUAUGGGGUAUGAUUAUUCUGGGUAUGGACAAUCUUCUGGGAAGCCUAGUGAACAAGACACAUAUGCUGAUAUAGAAGCUGCAUAUAAAUGCUUGAAAGAGACUUAUGGAGUGAAGGAGGAAGACAUUAUAUUGUAUGGUCAGUCAGUAGGAAGUGGACCUACUCUUGAAUUAGCUACUCGUUUGCUUCAAUUGAGAGCUGUCAUUCUUCACAGUCCUAUCUUAUCUGGUCUUCGAGUCAUGUAUCCUGUCAAGAAAACAUUCUGGUUUGACAUUUAUAAGAAUAUCGAUAAGAUUCAGCUUGUUAAUUGCCCAGUGCUAGUAAUUCAUGGGACUGAAGAUGAUGUUGUGGAUUUUUCUCAUGGUAAGAAACUAUGGGAGCUUUGUAAAGACAAGUAUGAACCUUUAUGGCUUAAUGGAGGGAAUCACUGCAACUUGGAACUUUACCCAGAAUACUUGAGGCAUCUCAGGAAAUUCAUCUCUGCUAUUGAAAAAUUGCCUCCACAUCUCAGAACUGGACCUGGACAAUGUACCAAGAAUCAUCCGGGGCAGACUUCGGACACAUCUGCUGGUGAUAAGGACAAUUCAAGGCCAAGCACAGAUUAUACUGAUAAGGAGGCUAGGCCCGAUGGUGAUAAGGACAAGCCAAGGCCAAGCACAGAUCAUAAAGACAAUGAGGCUACGCCUGAUGGCAUUAAGGACAAGCCGAGGCCAAGCACAGAUCAUAAAGAUAAUGAGGCUAGACCUGAUGGCAACAAGGACAAGCCGAGGCCAAGCAUAGAUCAUAUAGAUAAUGAGGCUACGCCUGAUGGCAAGUCAAGGCCAAGCACAGAUCAUAAAGAUAACGAGGCUACGCCUGAUGGCAAGCCAAGGCCAAGCACAGAUAAUAAAGAUACUAAGGCUAGAACUAGUACUGGGCAAAGAGAAAAAUCUAGGUUUAGUACAGAUAAUAAGGAGAAAGGAAGAACUAGCACUGACAGGAGAGAGAAGUCGAGAAAGAGUAUUGAUCGUACUGUGAAAGCGAGGAAUAGCACUGAUCAGCCGGAGAAAGCAAGAAACAGUUUUGAAAGGUUAGGAGACAUGGUUAGAGCUGUGGGAUUGUGCAAUGUUGAUUGUUUGAAGCAAACAGCUAGUAAAGCCUAAGAUAUAUAAGUCAGUGCUUGAAGCCAGGAACCACAUAAUGCAACUAAAAGAUAUUAGCUUUCUUUUACAAUAAGCUGAGUGUUAGCUCUACUACUUAGAUCAUCCAGUAGACUGCUCGUAUAUAUAUGCCAAGGUCACAAGGUUCAUAUAGCCAUGGAGCUUUUGCACCCUCCAAGAUUGCUUGUUAGGAUCCACAAUCCAGCAGCAUAUGGACUACUGGACUAACAAAUGGAAAACUAUUAAAAUUUGAGCUUAUAUGAGUUCAAUUCAAUUAAUAUAUUCAUCAUAAAUAGUAUUUUUCUUUCUAA